GUGACGCUGGUAAAAUGGAACGAACCGUAUCAGAAACUUGCGACAUGCGACUCCUCAGGAAUCAUCUUCGUCUGGAUAAAGUACGAGGGCCGCUGGAGCAUCGAACUCAUAAACGACAGGAACACACCAGUGACCCACUUCUCCUGGAGCCACGAUGGUCGGAUGGCGCUUAUAUGUUACCAGGACGGGUUCGUGUUGGUGGGUUCAGUGGCUGGUCAGCGGUACUGGUCGUCAAUGCUCAACCUUCAGUCCACUAUUACCUCCGGCGUCUUCACCCCCGAGGACCAGCAGGUGUACUUCGGGACGACGUCGGGCAUGGUGAUAGUGAUGGACGUACACGGGGCCAUGGUGUCACAGGUGCCCCUCUUAGACGACACGGCCAUCACCGACCUGGCCUGGUCCUGCCCCAAGUUCAAGAUGGAGGAGAAUGAGGAAAACAAUACGAAAAAUUGUGACGGCAGCUCUCUCCUGGCGGUGGUGUUCCAGACGGGGUUGGUGUAUCUCUUACGAACCCACGACGAUCUCACCCCCAUCGUCAUCAGGACCGGCCUCAGGGGUGUACAGGUGGAGUGGACCAACUCGGGGGAAGUGUUGGCCGUGGCUGGACAUUUGCCUGACGAAGGUUGCACUGUCGGUGCCGCCACAGCAAACCCCGUCAGGAACGUCGUCAAGUUCUACACGCGGAGUGGCACGUUACGGUACACCCACCACCUACCACUAUGCCAGGUGAGCCCGCGUCUUGACAGGUGUAGAUACAACUAA